AUGGUUUUCUUUCUUUCUUUUUUUACUGUUUUCUUUCUUUUUUUUCUUUCUUUUUUUUUCUUUACUGUUUUCACUCUUCUGAUUUUCCUCUUUGCUUUUUCUUUACGGUUUCUUUCUCUUAGUCUUUCUUUUCAAUUUCCAUUUUCUUAUUUCUUUAUGGCUUUCUUUCUUUUUUCAGUUUUUUUUCUUCUUUUUCACUAUUUUCUCUCUCUCUCUCUCUCUCUCUCUCUCUCUCUCUCUCUCUCUCUCUCCCUCUGUUUCCUUUUUAUUUACGGUUUCCUUUCGUUAUUUUUUUCAGCGACUUUAAGGUGUUUUUUCUUUCUUUCUUUCUUUUUAUCUUCCCUCACGAUGUUCCUUCUUUCUUUUUACUUUAUAGUUUUCUUUCAUUUUGCCUUUCUUUACGUACGUUUUUCUCUUCUUUUUUUUUCUUUAAGAUUAACUUUCUUUUUUGCUUUCCAUUAUUAUUUCUUUUUGUUUUCGUUUAUGUUACUCAGUCGUUUUAACUUUACAAUUUUCUUCCUUAUAAAUUUAUACUUUUCUCUCGUUUUACUUAAGGCUUCCUUUUUGACGCUAUUAUUUUUUUCUUUUUCUUUUUCUUUAUUCUGCUGCUUUUAUUUCUCAUGUAUGACAUUCUUUUUUCAUCUUAACUGUUUUAUACUUUUCAUUAUUUUUGUAUUUUAUUCUUUUUAUUUUCGAUUUCUUAAAUGUUCUUUCUUUCUUUUUCUUUCUCUUUCUCUCUCUCUCCCCCUCCCCUCUUUUCUUUAUAGCUUUUUCUUUCUCAUUCUUCUGGCGACGUUUUUUCUAUUUUUAAUUUUUUUUUACACUCUGUGUCUUCUCUAUUUACUUGUGUUGUCGUCUUUCUCAACUAUCCUCCGUCUCGCACUUCUUCUUCUUCUUCUUCCGUCAAUUUUUACCGUAUUUCCUUGA